CAGCAGCACGCCGGCCAGUGCACUCUAUUCUUUUAUAAUAAGUGGCCAAAGGGGAAAACCCGACCCUCGACACCCGACUCACUCGAUUACACGGUUUUCUCCGUCCGCUCAUUUUUGCAUUCUUGCCUGGGAUUUUGUUUCCCGGCGCAGUUCUUAUUAGCAGGAAGCAACCGAUUCGGCGUUUUCAUCUCUCAAACCACCAUAUAGCUGCAGGGCCAUUAUCCACCACCCACGCCGGCAAAAUGUUCGAUAUUGACUGGAAGGGCCUCGCCCUUCCAUUCGCCUACCUCCUUGUCCUUGGCGGCGCUCUCAUGACCUUUUCUACCAUCUAUCGCAGACGGAAGGCUGCUGAAAGCGCAAACCUUGCACCCUGGUUCGGGCCUCACCUCCAGCGAGACAUCUAUCUUUCUCUCUUGCACCUUGAUCCGGAAGAGGGCGCCGAAAAGUCUCCCCGGGUCCCUGACGGUGUCCUGCGAGCAGCCCUUCUCCGACGCGCAGUUGAAGAUAUCGAGCGCCUGAUCCACAUCAAGACUGCCAAGCAAGCAUGUGGCUCGCUUCUGCAGAGGGGCAGCGUAGGUGAUGACCUAUGGCAGCGAUUCUUGCGCGCCGAGAAGGAAAUGGAAGAGGAGCUUAGAGAUGUUGUCACUGAGGCCAACGCCCUGGCACCCAAUUGGGGCACCAUCAUCUUCCAAUCUGCCCACGAGAUUGCCGCCAACACAAAGCUCCGCCAGCGCCUCGAGGAGAUCCAAGCCCAGACCGACGCCGAAAAGGCUUGGUGGGAUAAGAAGAGGGGGCAAAUCCAGGCAGACUUCAUGAAGGAACUUGAAGAGUCUGAGAAGGGCUCAACAAAGGACGGAAAUGAAGAUGACGCUGUGGUGGUUAAUUCACCAAAGAAGGGUGGCAAGAAAUGAUGGAGAGGAGAGGGAGAGAGGGGAGAGAGAUGGGGAGACGGAGAUGCAGAUGCAGACGCGAGAGUUGAGGUUGCGACACAGAUAUUGUGUCAAUGUACAUAUAAAUAUUCUAUGGAGAGAAGGGAAAGGGCCACUGUGGUCCUUUAUAGGUCCAGUUACAUGGAUGCAAAAUAAGGUCCCAAAUGAUGUUAUUGCAGCAAGACUUUCAUAAAUCAAUACAGUCUUCAGCACUCAAGUGUAAAGCAUAGGCCCUCUAAAGACGUUGUACUCUUGAAAUAAACAGAGCUUAUGUAGCAAAUUCGAUUUUCUUGUGGG